AUGGUUUUACAAGUCCAACCUGAUCUCGAGCGGUAUAUAGAUAUUCUCCUCGAUGAGGCAGGAUUGUGUGCGGAUGGAAUCGAAAAUGAUACAGAAUUCGCCGACUUGGGUAUCGAUCACGUAUUGGCUCGUGCCAUUAUCGAAAAGAUCGGCCAAACGACCCACUUGUGUCUACCAGACGACUUCUUCGAGCAUGCACCAGAUGUGCAGAGUUUCAUUCAUCAACUGGAAAAACUCACAAAGGGUGGUCGAAAUGGUCAGGCACCAAAAUUCAAGCCUGUUUCAAAUGGAGAGAGAUCAAAAAUGGAGGAGUCUGGCAGGGCUUCCGUGAAAACGGAAAAACAACCGAGCAAGAUACCAUUGAUUAUGCGGCUCCAGACAAGUUCCACGGGAACUUCAAGAAACCUCUUUCUUAUGCCAGAUGGCUCGGGUUCUGCAAUGUCAUAUGCACGAAUUCCCAAGCUUGGGAAUGACUGGACUCUUUAUGGUCUCAAUAGCCCUCAUCUUGGCAUUGGACCCAGCGAGAUUUCCAUAAAUGGUCUGGCUUCUCUUUGGAUUGAUGAAAUCAUGCAGACGCAACAUCAAGGCCCUUAUAUACUCGGUGGGUGGUCUGCUGGUGGAUACUACAUUACCGAGGUAGCGCGCUUGCUGCUUGAGCGCGGAGAACGUGUAGAGAGCCUCAUCAUUGUAGACUCUCCUUGCCGACUUGAAUACGGCGCGCCACCGGUUGCGUUGUUCCAGUUUCUUGCGGACAGCGGCCUUAUGGGGAACUUUCCCAAAGGAGCAGCAAAAUGGUUGAUGGACCAUUUUGCUGGGACAAUGGCGGCAGUUAGCAAGUAUCAACCAGCACCAGUUCUGGGUGUGCGAAGAGUCUAUAUUAUCGAAGCACGGGAUGGUGUCCUUCGCAGUGAAAAAGAGGCUGUCGGCAGCGGACUUGAUCUGUCAGUCGCAGUAACAAAGAUGUUGCUAUUGCGGGGAGAUACUGAUUCAGUUCGUGGGUGGAACAAGCAGUUUCCUAAUUCCAAGGUCCUGUGGUCGCAAACUAGCGGUAAUCAUUUCAGCUUAGUUCAUCCACCGCAUGUGGAUACGCUGGGAAGGUUGCUACGAGAAGUGAUCAAUGGUGAUGCUGAUCAUCUGGAACACUGGUCUCCUUGCACCGAAGAAAGUAUGUAG